AUGGAGCGUUACAACAAAUAUAAAAGGUCUAAGAAUGAAUUUAUUCUCGAGGACUUUGAUUUCAUGCUCACUCUAGGAUGUGGCUCAUUCGGGAGAGUUUUUUUAGCGCUACCUAAAAAUAAACUGUUUGUUGAUAAAGCAUGUGCCAUUAAGCGGUUUAAAAAGGCACCUUUGGUAGAGCAAAAGCAAGUCAUCCACAUUAUGAAUGAAAAGAGACUACUAAAAUAUGUGGACCAUCCUUUCAUUGUGAAGAUGUUCGGUACCUUUAAAGAUCCGUACUAUCUGUAUAUUUGCACAGAAUAUGUUGAUGGCGGUGAAUUUUUUAACUACUUGAGGAGGAGGAGGAAGUUGGAUAAUGAGGAGGCCAAGUUUUAUGCAGCACAGGUGACACUAAUAUUUGAAUACUUGCAUAGCCUCAACAUUGUUUACCGGGAUCUUAAGCCUGAAAAUUUGGUCUUCGGAGAUGAUGGCUAUUUGAAAAUGGUUGAUUUUGGAUUUGCAAAAAUUGUAGAAUUUAGAACAUACACUCUGUGCGGUACGCCCGAUUACAUUUGUCCUGAGAUAUUAUUAAAUAAAGGCCAUGGAAAACCAGUAGAUUGGUGGACUUUGGGUAUUUUGGUGUAUGAAAUGUUGGUUGGCUACCCACCUUUUUACAGCGAUAAUCCCAUUGGCAUUUACAGGAAUAUUAUAGCGGGUCAUAUCCGCUUUCCGCAGAAUAUGGAUAAAGCUGCAAUAAACUUCAUAAAUAGUUUGGUUACGAGCGAUUUGGGCAAGAGAUUAGGUUGUUUAAAGAAUGGGCCAGAUGAUGUGAAGCAGAUGGAAUGGCUCCAUAAUAUUAACUUUAAUGAGUUGUUAAAGAAAGAAGUUAACCCCCCUUAUGUUCCACAUGUGAGGGAUAUUAUGGAAACGGAGGGGAUUGACCUCGAACCAGAUUCGCCCAAAAGGCCCGAACCUGUAAUCGGGCGUGAUGAUCCCUUCCAUGACUGGUGA